AUGGAGCCAAAGCCAAGCUCUCCCCCGCGGGACAAAGCGCGGGAGCGGAAUGGCAGGCCAAGUGUAUUGUCAGAGGAGGUGUCGCCUUUCGGUGGCCUCGUAGUGCUGAAGUUCCACAAGGCGGAGUCCAGUCGCCAACUCGUACAAAUGCGGAGCGCAGCCAGCUCUACUGCGAUGCAGACGCCUCCUAGGAUGGCCGCCGUUGAGAAAACACCGGGAGGCAAGCCAACUCAGGCGCAUCCACCACAAACCUGGCCCCGCGUGGUGCCAGCUGCACACCCGCUCUCGAACUCAGCUUCGCAGUACUCUGGCUCUCCCGCUCCUACGACUCAGGCACCCAGUAAUAGACCCGCAUCUGGGUUGCCCGUUCGCCCUUUGAAACGACAGCAGGUCUACAAUCCUUUACAGGCUGCCAAGCAUGCCGCUGAUCGUGUUGCCAAUCAACAGGCUAAUCUGAAGAGCAAAUAUAGCUUGUAUGACAAAGAGGUGCCGGUGAUGCCGAGAAAAAAGGUGCGCAGUGAAGAUAUGGAAAUCUCCUCAAAAUACGGUACGAAGACAAUCGAUAUCGAAGCUGGAGAGGAUCCUACGGAGAAGUUUACUGUCCAUGAUAAGCUCUUCUCCGCAUCAUCCGAAUUCUGCCACACGAUGCUCGACAAGGACUGGAAAGAGCGAGAGGAAAACCGCAUCAAGCUCCCAGAUAUCGAACCGGAUGAUUUCCGCAUGUACCUGAAGCGGGACGAGAGCGGAAGGGAAGGGCUGGACACUAGCAAGUGGACCGAAUGGCUCGCUAUAUCCUCAUUCUUGCAGGAUGUCGACUUCCAAGAUGCAGUCAUUGAUGCCAUACUCGAACAGCUCAUCCCGAUGCGCAGCCUAUCCGUCAAUUCGGUGGUCAAACACCUAGUGGAGCCCAUCCACAUGUACGCUUCAGACAAGUCUGCUGCGCGCAAGCUUCCUGUAGAUGCUAUUGUCUCCAAGCGGAAGUCCAGCGAUUACGAGGAGCUGCACGAACUUGAUCCUCCGCCGCCGGAGCAUUUCUUUCGUCUACUGCUAGGUGCCAUAGUGCCCUGGAUGGACCAGGGAACUUCGUCAAUCAGCCGGAGUUGA